AUGGCCUCAGCUACCACAGGCAUCGCUAUUGACACUACGGGUUUCUCAACGAGAGCCGAAACAGCUUCAACCAUGAAAGCCGUUGCUGCUGACACCAAAGAUUUCUUAAGGAAUGCAGAAACAGCCUCUACUAUGAAAGGCUUUGCUACUGACACCACGGGUUUCUCAAGUGCCGAAACGGCCUCAACAACCACAGGUGGCGUUGUUGACACCACGGGUUUCUCAAAGAGUGAUAAAACGUUCUUAACCAUCACAGAUUUCUUAAGGAGUGCAGAAACAACCUCAACAACGAAAGUCGAAACGCCCUCAACUAACACUGGUUUUUCGACGAGUGCCGAAACUGUCUCAACCACAAAAGGCAUCACUACUGAUACCACGAGUUUAUCAACGAGUGCCGAAACAGCUUCAGCCAUGAAAUUCGUUGCUGCUGACACCAAAGGUUUCUUAAGGAGUGCAGAAACAGCCUCAACAACAAAAGGCAUUGAUACUGACACCACGAAAACGGCCUCAACCACAACAGGUAUCUCUACUGACACCCCCGGUUUGUCAACGAGUGCCGAAACGGCCUCAACCACCACAGGGAUCGCUGUUGACACCACGGAUUCUCCAAUAAGUUCCGAAACUUCAAGUACCAAAGCAGCCUCAGCCACGAAAGGUAUCGCAUUUGAAACUACUCCAACGGAUAUAAGAGGAAAAUGUCCACACGGUUUUUGUGAAGAUGUAGCCUUAAGUACUUCCUUCAUUGUUAGAGACAGAAUUAUUCAGACAGCAGAUAUUGAACCAGAGUCUCGUUCAAUAUUAAAAGAUUUGCCGAGGAGAACAGAAUCACCUUUUAUCACAGAAGAUACUCUUACUGAAGCUGCAGGUAUCUUGAGGAGUUCUGACAAAAGUGUUUCUACUACAGAAGAAAUUCGUACUAAUACCACAAGUGCCUUUUGGAUAACUGAAACACUUCCCAGUUCAAGUGAAAUCCUUUCUGAAACUACCGAAUCAUCUGGUACAGUUGCAUCAAAUUCAACUACAUCAGAAAUGCUACUUGAAUCUUCCAGUUUCUCCCAAAUCACUUUCACAGUACCCACCUUAAAAGAAAAAUUCUCUGGAGCUAUGAAAAUUCCUAUGAAGAUUCCAGGACCAACUGCCACAAAAGUUUUUCCUGUAACUAAAAGUUCUGAGAUAAGUGAAAUAACUGCCAGCCCAGAAGCAACUUUUAAAAUCACACGUUUACCUAGGAUGACUUCUACCACUUCAACUACAAUGGAAGAUCAAGAAACCCAAGAUGUUUCUGAAACGCUUCCCACCACAAGAAAAUCAACUUUCGAAACUAUGGGUUUCUUUGAGGCAACUGAAAUAACUGAUACUCCUACAGGAGAAACCUUUCUCGAAACUGAAAUUACUUCAACGGCAGAAGCUUUGACUGCAAGAAAGAUGUUUCCUGAAGCCAAAAGUUCUUCAGAAGUGCCUAAAUCGACUACUAAAACCGAGGUACUUCCUGAAACCAAAAGGCUUUCAGAGAUGACAAAAACUACUUCUACUGCAAAAGAGGCUUCUUCUCAAACAUCUACUGUAAGAGAGGCGUUUCUUGAACCUAUAAUUUUCUCUGAUACACUAAAAACGCCUACCACUGCAAGAAAACUCUUUCACGAAACAAGUUUCACUGGAGUAACUGAAACAUCUUCUAUAAUAAGUGAUGUAUUUCCUGAAACCCCAAGUUUUUCAAAGAGUACUGAAAUUGCAAAUACCUUGUCCCUUGCAAUUUCUCCUGAGAUCACAGUAAAAUACCUUCCAGGUUCUUCUGGCAUCAGUGAAGUGACUUUUACCAAAGGAGAACUUGUCAAAGAUAAAAGCUACUCUGAUAUGCUUGAAGUGAUUUCCAGAAGAGAAAUCCAUCCUGAACCCACAUUUUCUUCUAGGAUCACAGAAAAAACUACCACAAAUCCAGAAAUCUCACGUUUCUUUGGAAUGCAUGAAAUCUCAACCCCCUCGGAGACCUCUAUCCAAUUCCCAAGAACUACUGAAGUUGUCGAAACCCUAACUACAGCGGACAUUUUUUCUGGAAGUACAAGUUUUUCUGGCAUUGCUGACACUAUACUCUCCUCAGAGAUAGCAUUUCCUGAAGCUACUAGCAUAUCUGGAAUUACUAAAACAACUAAAAAAACUAGUUUUUCAGGGAAACCUCAAACACCAUACACUACUGAAGUCGUUGGCAAAAGCUCCUCUACAUUAUCGGGGAUCACUGAAACAAUUUCACCCACAAAAGAACUCUUUGCUGAAGCUACUAGAUUCUCUGACUUAACUGAAACUUCUAGUACAACAGAAAUUCCUUCCAAAUUUAUCAAUUUCUUAAUCGCGGAUCCUAUUAUUAAGUUAACGAAUUUUUCAAAAAGUCCCAAGUCCUCAAUAGACAUUGAAAAGAUUGAUAUUGAACAUGAAGGUUCUUCAGCCAUUUCGGAUGUUCCAAAAAGUACUACUGAAAUUUCAACCAAAGAAUAUAUUGGGGACAAGACUGUGGAGAAAGUAGCAACUCCUUUUCCUAGCACUCCUCUCGCUACAGAAGUUGAAGUAAAGACAUCUUCCUCGUUUAGUAGCCCCAUCACCAGCGGUGAGUUAUUAGUGGAUAUAAGAACUCUUUCUUCUUUUGACAGGUCUGUAAUAGAUGAAGGGCUUGAAAAAAGUCUCGCAAUCCCACCAAUGAGCAACUUUUCCAUGGCCAGUAGAGAAGAAAUUUCGCUCUUCACGAGUUCUAGUGUCAGCGAUAAAAUACCGGAGAAAAUAAAGAAUGCAUCCCUGCUUGCAAGGAUUAUUUUUACACCGAAUCCGGAAUCUCCAAAAGUUACUUCCACCAAACCAUCUCAUGAAAAGUUCGAUCCAAAAUCGGAAGAAAUUCAAACUAUUUUCUCUUCAUCUCCUCUUUCUUCUGAUUUCGUAGAUACCAUUCCUCCUGUAGAAUUGAAGAUUGUUACUACAGAUACCAAAACGUCAUUUUCUACCUCUACACCCAAGAGUUCGAUUAAUAUAUCAUGUUCAACAUUAUCGACAUGUGCCUCAGAACUUCAAAACUUACUGAUGCGUACUGUUGGGAAUAUGAAGAACAACUAUAUCAUUGUUGUUGUUUUGAAUAACUCCGCCAUAUAUGGAAAUGUUAUAGCUGGAGGAGUAAAUACAAUCUCGCAAUACAUUCCAUCAAACUCCAACCUGAAAGAAGUUUUGAUUUUAAAUAACAUAAAAAAUAUUACUGCUGUCGAUGCUCAAGCUAAAAAAAAGAACAACAAAGAAAGCUUCUCAGAAACUAAGAAACAACGUAAGUCUGGUUUUUACGAAAAAAAUGUCGAUUCAGGUGUUGAAACCAACGUAAUAAAAAGCACUUCAGACAAUAAAACAAUCAUAGUAAAAAAAGGGACUUCAGAAAACAAGUUUAAAGUUGACGGAAAGUAUAUCCAGGGUGUGACACACAAGCCUAAAAAUAUAAGUUUAUUUCCUCGUGUAAUGAUUAUCGAUUAUGAUUCUAAAAGCACUUCUUUCAUAGAAGGUGAUCGAAAAAUUGGUUUUGUGGAGGAAGAUGUUAGUUCGACAACUAUUUCAUCCAUCGAUCACAUAGAAUUUGCUCCAAAGUCGGUCAGCGGCAUCGAAGAAUCUAUCAAACUGGUAACAACUGAAAAUAAUCGUUCAUACACAAACUCAUUUUUAUCAACACCCUAUAUCGACCAUAAUAAAACAGAACUUGGAGAUAGUGUAGAACUAGCAAAGAAAAUUACAAAAGAAAACGCAGAAUCUGAAAAUAACUUAAAUGUAUGGAACAAAAUUAAGGAUUUUUUUGGUGAUUCACUUAUCAUUGAUAUCAAACCGAAAUACAAGCAAAAUAAUCAUAUUAACACAACCUCUACAAUGCAUUUGGAUGUAGAUUCUACAACUAUUUCUAGUGGUAGCUUUAUUCCUGGGAUUGCUAAAAGCUUUACACCAGAUCGUACAUUCGAGGUAGGAAGUGAUUUUUUGAGUGAACGUGAUUUGGGUGAUAAACUCUCAGCAGCAAGUUCAAGUGAACCAAGUAUCAGCCUUUUGAGGAAAAGUGAUACUACACAAAAUGACAGUCUGUGGAUUGGAAGUGGGUUUGAGUCGAGUGGUGACUUGUGGGUUGGAAGUGGAGCUGAAUCGAGUGACGAACUUUGGACUGGAAGUGAAUUAAGUGAGUUCUCGGUUGGAAUUGGAAGAGAACCAAUUGAUACAUUUUGGACUAGAAAUGAAAUAACUAAAAUACCUUAUUCACCACCAUCACCAUACAAAUCGUGGAGUGAAAAAACAUUCGAUAUUGGUAAUUUGAACACAACUGAGUUUAAAGACUUAAUAAAUGGAACUAAAAUCUUCCAAGUUACAGAUCUAUUGAGAAUGGAGACCUAUGGAAAAGAUAAACCAGAAGAUACUAUAGUGAUGAAUCUGCAUUCAACCACACAUUCUGUUUCAGAAACGGAACCACCACAGAAGUUUUCAUCACCAGAUCGUACUUUUGUGGCUAAUUAUUCAACACUAGAUCUUAACACUAAGGUUGUGCCCCUAUUAGGUUUUGAUGUACCAAUAUUCCGAAGAGAUGAGGACAGUGUUAAUGUAACUGGAGAAAGUCUGUUAAGUGAUGAUUUUACAUUGGAGACCAGCAGAGAGGGGAUGGAUAAUCUGACAUUGAGUUCUAUUUCUUCGGAAACUACUUGGACGAUAUCUGAAAGUAAGAAACACAUUUUCACCCCGAAUGCGACGAAAAUGACGACUGGAAGUAACGAAUGGGCCGUGACCUCUAAACCAAUAAUAAAAACGAAAAUCAAACAGAAUAUUAGUAGAGAUCCAGCUUCUUUAAAAAUGAUGCACGAAACAACUACAUACGGAAAAGAAAAUUUGAAAUUUGGUAAAAUGAUGAUUAAGGAAACAACUAAAUCCACGAGUGAGAGAAUGCUUUCAACUGCUGACCAACGAAAACCCUUAACACCAAGUUUUAAAGGAAAUUUGACUUUAAAAUAUUACACUGGUGUUCGAAAAACUAAUGUAACACACGUACCAAUAACUCGGAUGGCUGACAAACGCACACUUGGUGUUUCAAGAUCCUCAUCAACAGAAACACCAAAGUCUUCAUUGCAAAGAUUUUGCACCUCAAUUCAACAUUGCAAUGCUUCUCAGAAGGAGAGGUGCGUGUCUAAAGGUACGCAUUCGGUUUGUGAGUGUGGCUCGGCUUUUGCUAGGAAUCCGGAAACAUCAGUUUGCCAAGAAAAAAUUCCGGUCAUGGCUUCAUUAAAGUUUCCAAAUGAAGAAUUCAUUACAGGCCUGGAUAAUCCUACUUCAGUUGUUCACCAACGCAAGAAACGAGACGCAGAACAAACGAUGUGGUCAGUAGUGCAGUUGUCAGACUCUCUUCAGAAACUCGUUGCUCAUGUUAUCAUCGACGGUUUCUCUGCUGGAAGCGUUGUGCUAAACAUUCAGAUGAUCCUGGCAGGUCUGCAUGAGGAUAUGUCACCAGAAGAACUGGAGAAAUUUGUUGGCCAGGAACUUGAGGAUGUGCUUAGCAAUAAAAUCCACUUGUUGCAAGGGGCGCUUCUGAACCUUGAAAAUGCAAUCCUUCUGAGGAUCAACCCUUGCCAGUACGAAGAGCUAAACUACUGCAGUAAGAAUGCAGACUGUCUUCCGGACAAAAGUAAAGCUGGUGGCUUUCAAUGUGUAUGUCGAGAGAAAUACACGGAUAAUUCUCCGGAUGACGACUACCCAGGAGAAGUGUGCAUAGCGAUUUGUCCGAAGGAUUUCUGUCGAAACAACGGCCACUGUCGGGUUGGAUCAGAUGAUAAUUUUUAUUGCAGCUGUGCAGAGUGGUAUGUGGGAUGGAGAUGUGAAAUUCCUGGACAAGCUAUUAUUGGAGGUGUAGCCGCCAUAGCAGUCGUACUUCUGGUGGUGCUAAUAGUAGUACUUGUUUAUGCUGUCCGUAG